GUAUUUAUACUGCAACAAAUAAUAAGAAUUAAACUUAAGGAAGUGAAGCAGACAAAAACAUCAUGAGGAAUAGUGAAACAGUGAGUGAUGCAGGUAUCAUGAGGCCGGUCACAUUGGCUCGACCAUUACUCUGGGGCCUCCUGCUUCUUUGUGUAGCAGGUGUCUGCAGCCAGAUAGCGUCUACUGGCAACCAAAGCUCCCGAGGACAGACAGGGUCAUCACAGAAGAGGACAGGGACUUGUGAAGUGGUUGCGGCUCAUCGUUGCUGCAAUAAGAACAAGAUUGAAGAACGCUCUCAAACUGUGAAGUGCUCCUGCUUUCCAGGACAGGUGGCGGGGACAACAAGGGCUCUGCCCUCUUGUGUUGAGGCCUCCAUUGUGCGCCAGAAGUGGUGGUGUAAAAUGGAGCCAUGUCUUGAGGGGGAGGAGUGCCGAGUUCUCCCUGACCUCACCGGCUGGUCAUGCAUCUCCGGGAACAAAGUGAAGACCACAAAGGUGGCACGGUAGCAAGAAAGAACCUCCAUCUAAUAAGCACCAACUCAUCCCAGCCUGCGGCAGUCACCUCAACUAACACUGGACUCUGAGGACAGCGAACGCUCCAUCUGAUAGAGCAAAGAACAAUAUAGAUUUAAUUAGAUAUCUCCAGAAACUCCAGGAACUCAUUAUUUUAAUUUCUUUUGGCUGCAACACAAUUUUGUUGGGGUUAAUCCCAUGGAGUGGACAAUCUAUUAGCAAUUGACUUAAGAUAAAAUGAGGCAGCUCUGUUCUCCCAAUUCAAACAGGCAGCUACUGCAAGUGUGUAUCAUUUUCUCAGUGCUUGAUAUGCUGGGCACAUUGUGAUGCACUCAAUCAAAGUUUGGAUGGGCCUACUGGCAGACACUUAAAAAGAGAUUUUGUGGAUUUUCAGGAGGCAGAAUGUGAAUCCAGUCAGUGGCUUGUGACUCUCAGUGCCGAUCAAAGCAGCAAGCCACAAAUACUGAGAAAUUUAUGAUUAUGUAGCAUUUGUCGACAAUGCUGUCCCCUAGACUUACUGUGAGCUUUGUAAAGAGGUCACAUCCCUAUGGACUCCUCCUUACGCCGAAGAGGCACUCAGCCAAACAAGCCUACACCACAACACACACACAGGCUGCUUUUCGGUUGGACAGGCCACAACCUGCAAGGCUGCAAUGGCACGCACACAAGCAUGAAGCUCUGAUGCAAAACAAGGACUGUUUGAAAUGCUAAUCAUGGGGAGAAAGGGGAGAGAGAAGAGAAGAGGCGCUCCUUCACUGUGGAGAGUAUUUACAUCAUGCUUUUGUUUGUCUCUCUAAACUGAGUGCUCCUGUGGAGGGAACUCCGCUCA